CAAAUUGUCACAACACCAGACUGAAUAUUUUGCUUUGAGGAGAACCGAAACUGCUCUCAGAGGAGUCUCCGUCAUUCAAAACGAAUGGAGACCUAACAGAGAUGGCCGGUACAGGAGUGUGUUGUGCCAACCUGGAGGAGGCCAAAGCCCUGAUGAAGAUGGGCCUAAGCACGAUCCUCAUCGGUCAUGUUAACUUCCUGCUGGGAGCGCUUGUGCACGGCGUGGUGCUCAGACACAUAAACCUGCACAUGCAGGCCCGGGCCAUGGAGUAUGCCAUCUCCAAUGUGGUCGCUCUCAGUACAGGCUUGUUGGGUGCAAUCGUUGGUAUUCUGGCUAUUGUCCUGUCCAAGAACAAGAAGAGCAAAGGCCUGAUGUGGUCUCUGUUCACAGUCAGUCUGGUUUCAGCUCUCAUGGCAGCAGCCUCAUCCAUCGGGCUCUUUGUGUCCAUGGUGAUGGCCAUCGUUCACGGUGGGCAGAGCCUUCUAACUCACUGCCGCUUUCCCGAUGCCAUUGGCUACUCCAGUGUCACCAACGAGUGCCCUUUUGACCCCACUCGCAUCUAUAGUACCACUUUGAUCCUUUGGGUGCCUCUGAUUGUGACAUGUUUCAUUCAGCUAGUGUUUUCUGCCCGUUGCUUCGCUGCCUGUAUUUCCUUCCUGGGCCUGCCCUGCUGUCCAACCAGGAAGAGACCUGCACACUGCUCCAGAGCUAUUAAUGUUGUGAGGCCAGUGCAGGAAACUUGCCCUGUCCAUGCUGAACCUCCAAGAAGACACAAUGAACCUGUACAAAUUUACAUCGAUCCUCCAAGAAACCACCAUCAUGAACUCCCGAGACGGGCUUCUGCACCCCCAAGACAGCACCAACAUCCACCACCUCCACAGCAUCUUUCCCGUCAGCACCGGAGUCUUCCUCACUCAGAGAGGCAGCCUCUUCGCCAACCGUAUAGGGAGAGGUCAGUCAGAAAAAAGUCAGAAAUGAGGGCUGACAGCCAAGAAAAGACACCAGAGCAGCACCAGCUCCUGCAGAGAGGUACACAAGAAAGGUCCAGCUUCUGGAUUUAGUUAUAUUUGACUUUCCAAAUCUUCUUGAAUAAAGGAUAGUGCUGUAAAGGUUUACACUCUUGUUCUAGCUACAGCACAGGGAAUCAGAUGCCACACACCACUCAUUCUCUGUCCGUACAGAUUCAGUUGAAAGCUGUGGCCGGAGAGGCUGGAGAUGUUUUAUUUAGUGGACCUGACCUGAAUUUUCUGAGGGUUGUAAUGUUUGCACAUUGUUGAAGAUACCAGUUGUGUGGUAGUUUCUGUUUUUCUACUUGUGUGGAACAAAAUAUCCAAAUUGAAGAAGAAAACUAAGUUAAAUUCUUUCAAAUGUGGAUGUGGUGCCAGUUCUUAAUGGGUUUUACAUGAUGGGAAAUGGCUUCUCACUUUCGUGCCAAGAACUGAAGACAGAUACUACUGUGUCUGCGCAAAGUGUGGCUACAGAGCUGUCAAACAUAUUUAGCUUAAGUUAGCGUAGGAGCUUUAAGGCUUUUUUGUUUGUGUGUGUGUGUGUGUGUGGAGGGGGUAGUGGGGGGGCUAAAGCUUACCUCAAGCUUAUUUAUGAACACCUAAAUCUCCUUCAACCAUUCCCCCCGCCCUGAAGUUUUCUCAAUAAGGUUAACGGUUAUGCUAGCUGUGUUCUCCUGUCCAGCUGUUUGCUAAGCUAAUUAUUUAUGGAGAGGUUUGGAGAUAUUUUAGUCUGCCCAACAAAAUUGUAUUUUCUAAAAAUGUUUGACUUUAUUUCUCUGAAUGGUUUUUCAUGUAAUUAAGCUGUGACAUGCCAAAUACGUGUUAACGUGCCUUCAGUUGAGCAACCUAAGGAUGGAUCCUCUAAAUGUUGCUGGACUGAGUAUGCAACAUAAAGGGGGUUUCCCCCCCUGCUCUUGGGUCAAGAUGAGCUAGUAUAGCAACUUUUCAUAUUUAUUUCCUACAUAAAUAAAUUUUUUUACUCAAA